CACAACUGCGGGAUGAACGAGUGAAACUUUCCGGGUAUUAGCGGACCGUUUAAAAUGAAUUCAUUCUUCCCUCGUCCUGCAAGUGUCAACACGUCAGAAGUGUCCACUUAAUUUGAGGGGAGAGGGGUAACUAUUUUAAGAGUUUGAAACGCAGAAAUAUACCUACGUUUUGGUUACGUUUGUUGACAAAUUGUUUAUCUCAGAUGGAGAGCCACAGUGGUGACAACAUCCCUGCAUCGAAAUGCAGCUCAGUGAAAUAUUACACAACGUUACCCUCCGAGACUACACCAACUGAAGAUGGCGAGCAUUCUUCCGAGCAAGCUGGUGGUACGGAUACAAGACCGAGAAGUGAGACUUCGACGCAAUAUAUUCCAAAAGCCGGGGGCCACUUACACUUUCAGAUACCGAGAAAGAACAAAGAAAAGAGAGCGUUGUUCCAGUAUGUGUCCUCAGAGUCCAGGGAGUUUGAGGACAUCUUGACUAUUCUGUCUUCCAGCUACAUAGAAGCCAGCUCCAACGGGACGUUCGCGUACACCAAGCUACAAAUCGUCCACAGCGAACUGCUGGAGAAGAAUUUUGUAGAGAAAAGGAGGGAGCUGAAGCUGGAUGGGAGGACAGAGAAGGAGCUGGAGGAGACCCACUGUUUCCUGACUGCUGACUCCAUCAAGCUACCAUGGAUCUGUGAGAAUGGACUUCUUGUGGGGCACAGCUGGAUCACCCCUCUGGGAAAUCCAGCUAAGGGUGUUUAUUUGUCUAAAUACUCAGACUUACUGCAGAUCAAUCCUUUUAACCCUGGAGUCAUGGGAGAGAUCAUCAUAUUCAAGGUUAUCAAGGGUAAAGUAAAGAGCAUCUAUGAUAACAUGUCUAAGAACCUUUUGGAUCCCACACUCGGGUUUGACAGCCAUGUAUCGAAGAAUGCCAGCAUAGUCACAUCUCUCACCUCCUAUAGAGCCUAUGAGCUCACUCAGCAAUACUUCUAUGAGUAUGACUUUGAUGAGCUGAAGGCUCAGCCGAGGCAUGUGUGCCCCUAUGCAGUGGUCUCUUUCCAGUUCAAAGGCAAAGAUGCUCCAUUACAAGCCAAGCCCAUGGCUCCCCUAAGGUCAAACAGCCAAACAUCUGUAGGAAGUAAAGGCAGGAGUAAAUACACAGUGUGGAGUGGAGAGCUUGUGAAUGAGGGUAGAGCAGUGUCCCAGGUCUCCUUCUGCUCCUUCUCUCCCCCCUUCCUGCCUUUCAAACUGCCAGAGAAGCUGGAGCUGGGUCUGGUGAUGAGUAUGGACCAGGUAACUCAGAUGAUCCCCUCGGCUCUGUUCUCCUGGAACCUGUACGCAGGCAGCCACCAAGUGUUGAAGAGUGGGACACACUGCAGUCUGCUGGAGGUGGUGGAUAAGAGCAAGUCAGGAGACUGUCUGGCAGCACUGCUUCAAGGCAUGGAGACACAGCGACUGGUUCUUGUCCACAUGUUGGCUGACAAAGGAUUCCUGUUCCUCCUGUCUUCAGUUCAGAUGGCCUCCACAACUGAAAGAAGAGAUGGGUUGAAAAAAUGCCUUCGAGCGCUAUUUGUUUUUCAGGAGUCCAGGGACGUGGCAAAAUACAGUUCAAAGUGUCCAACUACCCAGGAGCCUUUACAGACGUCCUCCCGUGACCCCGCCAUGCCCCAGCUGAACAGCUUUGUCCCAGCCCUGCAUCACGCCCUGGUCAAGGUGCGCUGCAACCCGCCCGCUGACCUCUCGGCCGGGGUCGAGCGCCAGGCCAGGGACUACCUCAGUGGACUCCACCAUGGAAAGCGCCGCCACAUCCCCAUAACUGAAUAUGACACCAAGCUGGAUGACCGGGGGAAGCUGUUCCCGGCUCCCAAACACCACAAACUCAAAAUGGAGGGCUACCUGCGCUCCUACAUCUACAACCCCAACCUCUACACCAUGCCUGUUUUCCAAGCCAAGGAGAUGGUAGAGAGUUACUGCACUGUGCCCGAUGACAACAGCCCUGUUAUGGGCUGGGAGGGCAGUGGAGCCAAGUCAGUGGUAGGGUCAGAGGUCAAUCCUUAUGGUGCCACUGCUGCCCAGUCCCCGGGGGUCCAAGUCAACCACUCUCUCUCUCAGUUUCCCACUGACGCCAAACCUCAGAAGUUGAAGGAGCUGAUUAACCUGAUACUGUGUUGGCGGAACAUAGAGGGGGAUGUUCGGAAGAAGAGAGUGCCGCAGGGAGGACGAAAGCAGGGGGCAGGUGGGUUGGACCCCCGAGGACUGAAGAGGAAGACUGCAGAGAGGACUCUGAACUACCGGAAGAAGGCCUCACAGGAAAGAGGCAGAAGGGAUAGGAGAACAGCAGCAGCUGCAGAAAAGGGCCAGGGCCCUUCUUGUCUGUCCUCUGUGAUGCUGCAGAGUGUUGAUCUGAGAGACGUGGACCUGAGGAGAGACCGCUCAGAGGCUGCUUUCAAGUUGUCUGAGGGGAGAGGAGGAGGAGGAUGGUCAAGAGAGGGGACAGAGCAGACUAAAGCUCUGCUGUUUGAUAGGAUGAUCAAGCUGGGCCUGCCGCCCAAUCAGGACAUUGACCUGAGGAAACGACCUUCUGGGGGCCUGCAGGUCAAGGCUGACUUCUUGGAGACGGCAGGGAGCACGAACAGUCUGGAGGGCUUCUACCCCAGUUCCAAUGGUGAAAUUCCCAGAAGAUCACAGUCCCAAUAUCAGGGGGAAGAACAGAUGCCAUGGGUCCUCAUCCCCAUCACAGGGCUGAAGUCAAACAAGUACUGCCUGAGCCAGAAGGACAAUCUUCAGGACCCACGCUUUGUUCCCCAGAUCCCCAUAGCAAACAGAAGCUACCCCCCCUGUGUCUCGGAACGACGGGAAAGAAUCAUCAACUCUACUCUAGAGGAGCUCCCACAGCAUAGCCUCAGUACUUCCCUAGAGGUGUCAGAAGAGCCCAGCCCCUACCCCAGUCCCUGCCCAAGCCCCUGCUCUUGCUCCAGUCCUAUGGAAGAGGAGCAGCAAUUAGCUGAAACCCCCUGUGACCCCGCAGAAAUAAGCGGCAACCAUAAGACGAGCACAGACAAGAAGACGAGCAGAGUGAACUGUGUCCUGGACCAGCAGUUCAGCGACUUCUCUACAGAGAUGCAGAUCCUCCUGCUCAGAGAGAGUGUCCACUACAGCUCCCCACUGAUCCCUAGCCAGAGUCCUCCAGGCCAUCCCCCCAUCCUGCCCUUCUCUGAGUAUGUCUCCUUCUACAACUCCUCCCCGCCUAUGCAGGACUACGUCAACUCCCUGAGAGACCGCAUGGGAACCGUCAUAGACACACAGGAGCAAUGGAUUCCUAGCAUGGUGGCCACUGACUCUCCCCUGGUCUUUUCUAACAAUAACCACCACCAUGCUAGCCACGUUCAUAGAACUACAUACAACUGGUACCCUUCAUCUCGUGGCCCUGUUUCUCACUCUGUACCCAGCCCUCACCCUCCAUCCCCGUCUGCCCCUAGUCGUGCUAGUUCAGACUCUUACAGUUCUCUACCUGUGUCUCAUUCUGUCCCCAACUGCCACUCUCCUGCCUCUCCUUCUGGCCCCGGCCUUAACCUUGCUAGUUCAAACACUUACAGUUCUUUAUCAGUUUAUCAGUUUCCCUCAGCUGUGUCUCAGUUUAAUAGUAAUAAUAACAAUCAUGUUAUUAUUCGCUCUUCAUCCUUCCCCGGUCCUGGCACUGCCUCUCCUUUUACCCCUCCCCUCUACAACAACCCAGCCCAGACAGAGCUGCCUCUAUCUCAGCUGCACUCUAGUCUAGCGCCCCUCCCCAUCCAACCACUGGCACUGGGCAACCAGUGGAUAACAAGAGCGCAAACAACAACAGAGAACCCGGACUCAGACUGCCGAGAGCAACUGGGAACGUGCAAGCCAAGUGCUAUGUCAACCACGACAAAGAACACUGACUUAGAUGCUCGAGGGCUACGGGGAAAGUGUAAGGCACAAACGAGUGCAAAGUUUCAAUCAAAAGGCAAUGUCAUAAUUGUUGAUCCUCCGAUUUCAGAAGCCACCAUGGUCCACAUCAUCUCACUCAGAUGAUUGAGAGUUCUUCAGGGGUGGGAGGGCCUUUCCCAAGCUCAGGGCCGGAUCCACCUGCACCCAUCAGUAGUCUGAUUAGCCAGCUGAAACCUGAGCUGUUCAGUAACCUGGUGAAGAUUAUAAAAGAUGUCCAGAAGAACUCUGUCCAGUCCUACAUCCACCAUAUCAAGGAGUACAUCCAGAGAUUGGGGAACAUAGAACACAGUCCUGAGAGUUUCUUGGAAAGAGAGAACCGUUUGGAAAAGUAUGGUUCUCAUGCAGAACAAGGAAAUCACAGCUCACGUUCGUAAGGUACUUGACAACAAUAUCAGUCAUUCCACGAAAUGAGUACCUUUUGUGUCCCUUUGAUAUUUUAAGUAGAUAUUGUGCACCGAUAUUGGAUUUUAAAAGCCUUUUAAAUUAUGAAGUGCCCUUAAUUCAAUACAUUUUUUAAUGAAUAAAGACUUAUACUUUGAAGAAUCUCAAAUAUAAAAUAUUUUGAUUUGUUUAACACAUGAUUCCAUGUGUUAUUUCAU